AUGGUCGGUCCAGGUGGCGGUCCACCGCGCAAGAGCCACACCAAGUCCCGUAACGGCUGCAAAACGUGCAAGAGAAGACACAUCCGAUGCGACGAGACCUUUCCGCAAUGCCGCAAUUGCACAAAGCACAACUGCCGCUGCGACUACCAGGAUACGGUUGCCUCGCAAGCUGGUAGUCCCCCCGCCCCGGGUCGGGGUCCUGACCUCCUCAUGUCGCCAGAGAUCGAAACGCAAAUAGACAAUUGGCAUCGCACUGGCGUGCCUCCGUAUCCGGAGCUCUUGCAGUGUCCACGAGCUGGGUGGUCGGGCUUGUCACGCACUGAUUUGCGCUUGAUUCACUAUAUAAUUGGGGCUUCUAUUGAUUUGCAUCGUCGAGGGCUAAGUGGGUGCACGGUGUGGGCGCAGAAGAUGCCGAAUUUCCUCGCUAUUGCGCUUGGCAGCGAGUUCGUCAUGAGCUCGAUAUUGAGCUUCUCGGCGUUUAAUCUUGCUUUUCUUACGCGAGACCAGGAGACUAGGCAGCUGGCUUUCAGUCGUAGACUCACGGCUCUUCAAGGAUUGCAGACUGCUCUAGGGUCUUUCUCGAAGGAGAACUGUGAUGCAAUUCUCGCGGCUUCGGUUCUUUUAUCCUGGCAGGCGACAGACCAUCAAAAUUGGGCAUCUUUGCAACACGGCAUCUCCAGCGUCCUGGAAUCCAUGCAUCCAUAUUGGAAGCAAGAGUCAGAUAUUGCACAGUCGAUAGAAACCCAACGAAGAAUGAGCACAGAUUUUUCAAUGCCCGGGGUCUACAAAGCCCCCGACGAAGACAUGAUACAUUUGGACCAAACUAUCCAGGCCCUACGAAUGACACAGAAACGCGUUUCCCACAACCCCGAGCACUUUGAACGCCUAGGAGACCUCAUCAAAUUCACCCAGAAAUUCCGCACUGACUUCCCUAACCAAACAACCGCACAAGCAUUCGAAAGCGUCCAACCCAUCCGCCGCUGGUUCUUCUGGCUCCCAGCAUCCAUGCUCGGACGCGGCGAAUCAGACAUCAGCGCCCUCCCAAUCCUCGCCCAAUUCUUCGCCGUCGGCAUCUCUCUCGACGGCCUCUUCCCAGAGAUGGGCGGCGCAUACCUAGGCGCCUUACUCAUCGGUCCCAUAGAAGAGAUCUACCGCAUAAUAGCCACCCACCACGCCGCAGACCCCUUCAACCCCGAUUUGCGUCUACCCCUAGAACUCAUGGAUCUGCCCCGCGGAAUCGUCGCCCGCCAUCGCAGCCGCUGCAACCUCCCCUGGUCCCCCCGCUCAUCCGUCGACCAUUACUCUCCGGGCCCACCCAGCCCUUUUCACCAUAAUCUGCACGAGUACUCGCUCGUCGCCUCCUCCUCACCUGCUUCCGCCUCGACUUCUUACGCCGCGUAUACCCCACCUUUGCAUUCCCCUCCUGCCGUCACUAUUGCCAAUUCUUCCUUUCCCGUCCAAGACGCCUAUGCCUCUGCAACCCCACAUUCUCUCUACCCGCCCUCCCCACAGCUCAUCGAUAGCCAGGACCCCAACCUCGGUGUCUCGGAUAUGGGUCAUAGCCACGCCCAUCAUCCUUCCAUCCCUCAUCCAGCGGCUUACACCCCGCCGUAUGGCGACGGGCUGUGCGCCAGCUUGCCGCGCACAGAUAGCACACUCGGUCUCAAUAUGGAGGUCUAUCCACAGCCACACCCGUUUGAAAUGCCGGGCUUGGCUGCGCCCACUUCACUUUGGACCUGA